AUGACAGUAGAUGAGCUGGAUAUCAAUGGUUCUUUUCAAGGUUUAAUGAAAUCCUUGAAUUUGGAUAAUGAACAAUUUAAGGAGUAUGACGAUAUCGAUUUUGAGUCCCUUAAUUUUACACAACUUUCACAGGUCAAACAGGAGAUAGAGAGUCAGUUAAAUACAUUAUUUGAUUUAUUGAGACACAAGUACAAUGCGGAUAUGGAUACUCCAUUGGUUACACCAGAUGGAUUUCCUAGAAGCGAUCUUGAUGUGGUCACUAUUCGUUUAUUACGAAUCCGAAUAAUUCGAUUGAGAAAUGACGACAGAAAAGUUAUACAUUUAUUAGAUGAUAGGAUGGUCCAAGAAUUUGCUGUCAGAAGAGAAAAUAACAAAAAAAUCGAAGAAGAAGAAGAGCUGACUUCAUCCUCUACAUCAAGAUACCAGAUACCAUUUGCACAAGUGCGAGAAGUGGUCCCUGGUGGGCCUGCUUUUAAUUCAGGAUUGAAAGAGGGCGACCAAAUAAUUGUUUUUGAUAAUGACAUUCAUGCUACUAAUAAUAAUAAGUUAGGUAGUUUGGUGUCAAGAGUACGUUCGAAGCAAAAUGAGGAGAUUAAUCUUGACUUGAAACGAGGCCAAGAGAGGAUCACUUUGAAACUAAUUCCUUCUGAUGAUUGGGACGGCCAAGGUUUAUUAGGAUGUCGUUUAAUACCUAUAUAG